CAACAAUGGAUGCGUCCGCAAGUGAGAAAGUCACCCCCGAUGUCAAAGCUGCCCAUGAAGCUGCAGUGAGUCCGGCCUCACCAGAGGUGACCGACCAUACCCAGUGGAAGCCGGAGAAAGGGCAAUGGAUUAUCCUCGGCUGCUUGGCUCUACUGUCUUUUAUCAUCGCCUUGGACACCACGAUUGUUACGCCCGCCAUCCCGGUCCUGGAAAAUUCUUUGCAUGGUGACUUGGUGAGCGCCUUUUGGACUGGAACAUCCUACCUUCUCGCCAGCGCGGUGUGUCAACCCUUCAUAGUCGACCUGUCGGAUGUUUUUGGUCGUCGAAUCAUCCUCGCUUUGGUGACCUCCCUCUUCACCCUCGGAACGAUCCUGUGCUCCGUAUCACAUGGGUUUAAGCUCUUUCUUGCCGGACGAGGCUUGCAGGGACUGGGAGGAGGGGGCAUCAUGGCUACUUGCAUCGUUAUCACCACCGACAUUGUGCCUUUGCGCCAACGGCCUACAUAUUACGCUAUCGUGCAGAUGGCAUGGGCUGCUGGGAGUCUUGCCGGGCCAGUCAUUGGAGGGGCGAUAGCGCAAAGUAUUACCUGGCGCUGGAUCUUUUACAUUAAUCUCCCUUUCUGUGGAAUCGGUCUCAUCCUUGUCCCUCUGACGGUCCGCUUGAAGGCUGAAAGACCGAGCAUCAUGCAGCGCUUGGCGUCCAUGGACUGGAUUGGCGGUAUCCUUUUCAUUGGGAGCCUGUGCAGCUUUCUGAUUGGCAUAAGUUGGGGCGGGAAUCAGUUCGCUUGGAACAGUUGGCGGACGAUCGUGCCAAUUGUUGUGGGAGGCCUGGGUGUGAUUGUUGCACUGCUCUGGGAAGGUUUUCUUGCCACUCGGCCAUUCAUCCAUAUAUCCCUCUUUGCCACCUAUUCGGCACUGAUCGCAUAUGUUUGCACAUGCCUGCAGGGAGCAAUCAUGGCUCUCCUCUAUUUCAUCCCGUUGUUCAUGCAGAUCGUCAAGGGCUUUGAUGCCGUCGGAAGUGGAUUGGCCUUGAUGGUGGUUCUUGGGGUGAUGCUACCCGGUAGUAUGGCCGCCGGCAUCAUGAUGACGCGUCUAGGACGCUAUCGUUGGGCAAUAUGGAUCGGCUGGAUAUUGUCUACGUUAGCGACGGGCUUAAUGGCGCUGUUACAACAGCACACAUCCGCCCCUCGUUGGGUGUUUAUCUUCCUCACCCUAGGGGUUGGCCAAGGCCUGUCACUGACGUCCCUUAACUUUGCAGUCCAAGCGCUAGCCAGAGAUAACCGGGAUGCGUCCGCGGCUGGGAUGUACACCUUUAUGCGGUCCUUAGGGAUGUGUAUCGCAGUGGCAAUGGGAGGCACAUUCUUCGAAAACCGAGCGGCCUAUCAACUCGGUCAGAAUCAGCUGCCGGUGAGUGUAGCGAAAACAGCGGCCCAAUUUGCCCUCGAGCUUAGAAAGCCCGGAUUCCCAUCGACCCUCAAAAGUCGCUACAUUCUUGCUUUUACGGAAGCAUUCAAACAGCUGUGGUUCUUCUUUAUGGCGAUAUCGGCUCUUGCACUCCUCUUAUCACUCGUUAUCCAGCAUUCAAGCGUGGAUCGGGCCUUAGAAUCCGAGCAUACACUCCAUAAUCAGGUCCUCCCAACCAGGCGACGAGACGGCAACGGUUGACUGCUAGUGUUGCUUGACUACAUCUACAUUCAGCAUUGCAGCCAUAUAUAUGUCCCCAAUUACAAUAUCUGCUUUCUCCCCUGAUGCAUUUGCCUAGUGGCAAGAACUGUGCUGUUCGUGCACAGAGAUCCCCAUCAUGAGUUGCACAUAUCGCGCAUUAGGUAUACUGAGCAAGUCUUGUUUACGAGGGUAUACUCACUCUGAAAGCAUCACAGUAAAGUGUGGAUCUAGCUGGUAUCCUCGGAUCAUCCCGUAUCAGAGGACCAGGAAGACGGUUACGUCAAUUCACGAAAUUAACCUUGCGGAUGUAACGGGGC